AUGGAAUAAAAAGGUUCUAAAUCAUACUUCAGGUUAUAAAUUGAGGACUCCAUAAUAUAUAAGUCGAAAAUCUAAAUUUUUAAUGAUCUGAUUAACAUGAGAACUAUGAGAUCUGAGUAUAACUUGUAUUUUUGAGGCAAAUCACAUUUGAAUUCACGUAAGAACUGUAUGAUUAAGGCACUAAUCAAUUAGUAAAAUUCUUGAUGAAGAGCCAUUCCUCUUUCUGAUAUUAAACACUUAAAUGAAGCAUCAUUGAGUUGCAGAGUAUUGAUCUCUAUAAGCUGGAGAGGCCACAAUCCUUUAUUGUACCGUACAUAUAUUGCCUUCAUAUAUUUCUACUAAACAUAUGAUUGUAUAAAAUUAAAAAUGGAUCUAUUAGUCCUAAAAACAAACUAGUAUUGUAGUAUGGGAAUUAGAGCACUGCUAUUAUCCAUUUAAAUUCAUAUUUUUUGUUAAUGCCUGAGACUUGCUUUCUAGUGAAUAAUCAGUUCUCUAUGUAGGAGUUAAAGCGUAAUGAAAUAACUAGAAUGCAGUCUACCUUUAUGGAGGACUGA